AUGUGGACUUACUAUACCAAAAACCAUCCACCACCCCCAGCUAUUGCCAAAGUCCUGACAAUGGUGCCUAAUCUGGAAGUCCACUCUUCCAUCGCUUCUACGUCCACUUCCGCAAACAUACGUGAUUAUGUACGGAAUACUCAGCUAAGUGAUAUGGAAGCCACCAACAGUUCCAUGCAUACAUCUCAAACUUCUGAGCCAUCAGCUCACAAUAAUGAAGUUGGUAGAGUUCAACAAAUGAAGCAACUAUACGACAGGAAGAGUCACCUUCAUGAAUCGGAGCCAAAAAAAGAUGCUGUGUUGGGCCAAGAUCCACCCCUAGCUCAUCACCAGAUUCAAUGUCACCUGUCUCCAGAAGGUGGUAAUGCCGAUUCUCAAGAGAUCAACUUCUCUUUUCUCGAUAAAAUACCCCAAGAGGAGGACGUGAGAGAGAAUGAUGGUAACUCAUAUCGGAAUAAACUCAAAUACGUUCCUAAUGAUAAUUUUCUGUAUGAUAAAUCAUAUCCAACUUUAAACAAAAGCAGCUACAACACAAAUUCCAUUCCCAAUACUUUCCACUAUAAGUCACAUCCCAAUGCCAAAACCAAAUCUGCUCUUGCAAUUGUGACCACGAAUGCCUCAUCAUCAAAAUCAAAUUCUCAUGAUUCCUUACCACAAACUUUGAAUGAAAUACAACAAAAGAAGUCAAAAAUUGCUUCUCCAUCUGUUCCUCUACCACCAAAUCUUGACGUUAUUAUCGAUGGUAACGAUGACGACCUUAAUAUUACUCCCGAUUGGAUGCCCUCUGAAUUGAAUCAGAAAUGGACCAUUCAAAAUGAAACUGAUUUAAAUCAUAUCAACAAUUUCAACUCAUCAGUAAGAAUUACAAAUAGUAUACAAAAUAAUGAAUUUGAAUUGAAUUUGCCUUCAACUUCAGAUACUAUGGUCCACAAUAGUGCGAAUAAAGCAACCACUCCAAUGUGGCAAAGAGCCCAUAAAGAAUAUGAACUGAAUAAGAAAUUACAACCUCAUUUACAGAGUAUUUUCAUGUCUCAAAACUCAAAUACAAAUAACAACGAUAAAAGUUUGGAUGGUGCAAGGUCAUCACAAGGAAACAAAUCAAAUGGUUCUUAUACCAUGUCUUCCACCAUAUCAACACCAUUAGAUACUUCUGAAAAGGUGAAAGCAACACAUCAUCAGCAUAACCCACAGCCGCCUUCAACAGUUCUUAAUAGUAAUCUUCCUGAAUCUCCAUUAAAGUUGUUUACAACUAAUUAUAAUACAUUUACAAAAGGGAAGUUGAACGGCUUGUUGGCUAAAAUGAGUACCAAGACAGAUCUCACUCCUAGAACGGAGGAUGCCAUAAUCAAUAAAGUAAUUUCGAAUGCUCCACCAGCCAUGAUCCUCACAGCUUCAAAUAAUAAUAAUAAUAGUAAUAAUCAGCUCAAUGGCAUUAAGAAGUUCACAGAAAGAGGGCAAUACACCGACAAACAAUUCAUAGAUAAUGCUGAUAAAGUAUUUAAGAAUUUGAAACGGCGAGGCUAUUCCCAAAACUUUAGACAAGUAUCUAAUCAUCAAUCGGGAACAAGUACCUCAACCCCUAAAAAUGACAAGCUAGUGAAAGAUAUCAUUGACUAUUCAAAUCCAGAAUUGGAGAUGGAAGAACUUGAGUAUUCUUCGUAUACUAGUGGAUUCGAAACUGAUUCUCCUGGUUCAGGAAAUAGUUUAAUUGACUUGAAACAAGACCAAAAGCAAAUUGAUGAAGUUGAGGCAGAGAACUCAAAAUUAAACGACCACACUUCCCAUAACUUUACCUAUACUACAACUAAUAAUGAUUUUACUACAUUCACCAAGCUCGCUUCCAGCUCUCAAGGAGGAGGUGUACCGGAAAUUGAGCGUGAAGUUGACGAAUUACAAAACGAGUAUACUUUUGACUCAUUUUCCGAAGAUGCAUUUACAAGAGAACUUGCAGCUGUUGAAAAUAGCCAAAAGUAUACUCCUGUUGUAAUUGACAACAAUUUGCAAUCACUUCCUUCGAAAGCCAUGUCUUCACCACAGAAAUUACAAAGCUCACCAAAGAAACUCAAGGAAACUCAAGCAAGAGACUUACCAUUGAAAUCUACAAAGAACGAAUUAAAUCUGCAAAUGGUUUCCAGUCCCGAGUUUGAUGUCAUAAAAAACCAAGUUCUUGGCUUAGAGAAUGGAUUGGGAAUGUUGAUGAAAACAGUGGAUCUACUUUUGGAAUCGAAAACGACGACCCCAGAAUUACCCAAGAAGGUCAACAACGACGUCAUCAACGCAUCUGAAAAUAGUAUUCUAGAUGAGUCAAUUGGUGGUGAAUCUUUUGAUCCGAACCAAACAAUCAAAUGGAAAACAGGUUCUCAAUUGCAGUUCCAAAGGCUCUAUGGUGACCAAAAUUUACAGCAAAAACCGACAAUUGCAAAGAAUUUGGACCAAGGCAGACCACUUGCCCCAAUAAACGGUAAGAAUAGUGACAACCAGCCUUUACCUCGGGGAGUUCUUAAACGUACAGCCGAUAUACCUGUGGCAUAUGAUAACAUGGUGCUUGAUUUGGAGAACCAUAAAUGGGUUCCUAAUGAUGAUAGGGAGCUAGAAAAUGGUUCUUUAGAUUCUAUUGAAGAUUUAGUAAGUUAUUCAGAAGAGAAGAACAGCACUGUAUUAAAAAGAGAUAACUCUUUUCAAAAGCAUGCAAGAAGUAAGAGAAAUGAUAGUAAGCUAGAAGUGAGUUUCAACUUGCCUGCUGAAGAUAGUUCCAUUCGUGAAAGUGACACUACAAAGAACCUUCCUGAUGUCACUCUGAUUUCAAGGGUGGAUGAUGUCUCAUUCUCACAAACAGUUAAAAAGCUUGUUCAUGCGAUUGCAGAGUCACUAGCUAACGUACCAACAGAAUGGAAUGAUGUAACAUCUUUGGCAUUACUUCGAGCAGGUCUUGAUUCCUUGAAGGACUUGGAAAGAUUUUUACCCUUUGUCACUUCACUUGAUAUUUCGCAUAAUAGCAUAAGGUUUCUUGAGGGGAUUCCAUCUAAAAUUCUUCAAUUAAAAGCAGAGAGUAAUAAUCUUGGAGAUUUGACAGUUUUCUCUGGGUUCCAUGACUUGCAAAGGUUAAAUAUUUCUGGAAAUGAGUUCAGUAGUUUGUCUGCUUUAUCAUCAAACAUUCAUUUGGCUCAUUUAAAUGCAUCUAAAAAUGUUAUCUCAUCCAUCCAGACAAUAAGCAAUCUUGAGAAUUUGGUGACAUUAGAUCUUUCAUCUAACAACUUGACGGGAGAUUUAGACUUCAUCAAAUUCAAGCUUCCAAAUCUUCAGGAAUUAAACUUAUCUGAAAACAAGAUUAAGUUAGUUAAAGGUAUUGAAAAUUUACCCAGUUUGAGGAUAUUGAACUUGAAUGAGAAUCAAGUGCAAAGCAUCUCUUGCAAUGAAUCCCAUUUAAAGUUAAAGAAACUAUUAUUGAAGUUAAACCGGAUCAAAAAUUUGGAUGUUUCAUGUUAUCCAUUUUUACGAGUCCUUAGAAUUGAUGGCAACAUGCUUACAUCAUUAAACGGCUUAGAUAAAUUGAAGAAUUUGGAUGAGGUUUCUUGCAAGUCACAAUAUGAUACCCAAGUACUUGAGAAGAUUCUUUUGGAGUGUCAAGAUAUUAACAUUUUAGAUAUUUCAGGCAAUGGAGACUACGAUUUGGGAUUGGUAUGUAAUAACCCAAAGUCUCAUAGAAAUAUCGUGUUCUUAAAUGUUAAUGUUCUUUCAUUAUGUGCAAUGGACUUGAAAGAGAUUCCUUUAGGAUUUGGUAAAGUGUUUCCGAAUGUUAGGGAAUUAAAUUUGAAUUUCAACAGUUUAAAUAAAAUCUCAGAGUUAAACGAAUUACAUCAUUUGAAGAAGCUUUACCUUGUAAGCAAUUCAAUGGUUCAAGUGGAAGGUUUGAUCAAAGGUCUUAUUAACUCAAGAAGUACAUUGGAGGUUCUUGAUGUUAGACUUAAUCCAGUUAAUGUUGAGCUUUAUCCUUAUGUCUUCAAUCCUCAUGAAAGGGAUGUCAUACAGAUCUCUAAUACUCUUAGGACCAGUCCUAUUCAAUUGGAAACAUUGGAUGACAUUGAGAACUUUGUUAUUCACUAUCAAUCAUUGAACAAGAGUGAACUGGAAUGGGCAGAAAGAGAUUCUCAAUUUAUAUCUCAAAUUGCAAAGGAACCUACACGUGUUGAUCAAAGAAUUAACUACGAGAUGGUGAUAGUGAACUUCUUCAACCGAUUAAGGAAGUUAGACGGUAUGCUGACUAUAUCAAUGACUUUAUCAACUAGAGUAUCUAUUCAAUGGCCACCUGAAUUGGCGGAGGAGAAAACCUCUACUAUGGUGUUUACCUCACCCAAAAAUCUUUUUGUGGACGUUAGAAUUCUAUCCAACCACUAUCCAUAUAAGACACAAGCCAAAGACUUGCAUUUUACUGAAGUGUUUCAAUGGGUUAUUGUGGGCACAGAAGAGAGUAUUCCUGAGUCCAAUAAGAUUGCAUUCCACCAUGAGAUUGACUCCAUGGCUAUUAGUCAACUGUUGAAAACUGGUAAGCCAAUGGAAGAUUGUUUAGGAGAGCCUGAUGUGGGUAACUUUUCCAGUAUCCCAAGUAGUGAAGAUCGAAAGGAGACAGGAGAAAUGGUUAAUCCAGCUACAGGGAAAAUGCAAGAUUAUAUUGAGAUUUGGAGAUCGUUAGACUCUGAGGUACAUACUCCUGAAUUGUUGGGUAGGGAAGCUUCAACCACCGUUCAUCUGGUUACUGUAUAUGACGUUAAAACCGAGAAAUAUCAUGGACGUAUGAUUAGACUUGGGAAUUGGGCUCAAGGGGUUGUGUAUGAUAAGCAAAGCCUCGACCAUCCAUUACAUGUUGUUAGGGCCUUUAGAUCAUCUACAUCAUGGAGUUAUCUUAUAGAGUAUGGUGAUAGCGGGUUAUUCCCAUUGAACAACAACGAGGAGCCAACUAUUAUUACCGAGACUGGGCUUGAAUGGAGCUGUGUAGAGCGUACAUAA